UGUUAGGUUAUAUUUUCAUGUCACGUAAAUGAGUGACGGUUAGCUUAAAUAUAAUAUGUUUUAAUAAUACAAUGAUGAUUUAGUGUUAGUAUAGUAUAGGUAACAAUCAAGAAUAGGCAUCUUCCAGAUUCUUGGAAAGUACUUCAAUGAUGAGUAAGAUGGCAGAUAAAGUGGAUAUAACUAAGAAAAUUUUAGAAACAAGAAAACAAACUGAGGAACUGAAAGCGCAGCUGCAAAACCUAAUUGAUACAGGAAAAAAUGUUAUGGAUUCUGGAUUUCAUUCAGGUAUAGUUAAUUCAGUUGAUGGGUCCAGUGGAGGAGAAGGAAAUUCGAAGUCAUCGCCAAACAAAGUUCAAAUUAUAAGAUCUUUUGAUGUGCAACAUUCCAGUCAUACCAAUAAACCUGAAACUUCGAAAAACAUUCCAAAAGUACCUUGUAAUAAAGAAAACAUAACUAAAAAGGAGUCUCCAAGAAAAAUACGAAACUAUGACGUUACAGAAGCUCGACAAUACAUCAAAAAACAACGUGAGAAACGUUUGGAACAAUUGAAAUUUCAAAAUGAAGAAAAAUGCCGGAUAGAAAAUCAAAAGAAAAAGUUACAAGAGCUUCAUAAAAAGUCUUUGGAAUUAGUUACCAAAAACGUACAAGCCAAAAGAGAGAGAUCUAAAUCCAGAGACAAAAAUGUUUACGUUCGACCCCAAGAAAAUAUUCGGAAUGAAAGUGUUAAAACCGGUGUAAAGCAGACACGGUCUCGAUCAGUUUCUAGAGAAAGGGGACAACAAAAGGCAUCAGAAAAAAUAUCCCAUAAAUCCAGAAGCAAAUCAAAUACAAGAGAUAAUUAUGUUGCAAAAAAAACAACUGAAUGUGAUAAAAAGAAAGAAAUUCAACCCAGAAACCCCAAUUUGUUAUAUCCACCUCUGCCUGAUUAUAUGCAAAGGAAAAUCACUAAUAGAGAAAAGACUGACAAUAAUAAAGUAAAUGAACAAAUUGAAUCUCAUAGAGAAAUACUCAUUCCAGAAGAAAGUGAAACCAAAUCUGAUGCAAAAAUUGGCACAAAUGGGGCAGUCACUCCAAUCAAACAUUUAAUGCCAGUUAACCUAUUCAAUUCUCUCGAAGAUGAGUUACAAAAAAUCAAUUAUAUGCAAGAAAAUCAUGCUGCAAAAGAAAAGUCAUCCACUGAAACUAAUGAAUUAGUUGAAGACUCAACAGACAAUAAAUUGUCCAAGGAACAAAAGCGGCAUAUCAAUGUUAUUUCAAAUAUUGCCCAACAUUUUGAUACUUUCAAAGAACAAAUUGAGAGCCCAAAAAGAAAAAAAAAUGAAACUAUCAAAAAUUCUGUUUUCAGCCAAAUGAAUACCAGUAAAAAUAAUUUAGAAAAGGAAACUCAAACCUUAGAAGUUAGGAAAGAAUGUCCGGAAUGGCUACAAGAGCAACCAGUUCAGGCCUAUCCUUUCAACUUUAUCAAUACUGUGAAGAGGAAGUUGCAGUAUACAGUGAAUUCUCCAAAACCAUCAACUGAUGUUGCAGUUCACAGUUCACUAAUUGCAGGCAUGUCUGCAAAUACUCAGUUGGAACACAUGAAAACUAGAGAACAGUUACGGGAAAUCAUACAAGAAAGUACAAAGUCUAAAAAUAAUUCCGAAAUGAAAUCAUUUAUUUCCCACAAACGUUUGAACUUGGAUCCAAAAUCAAUUGAUCAUUUGGAAUUGAUUCCUCAAAGAAGUAUUAACAAAAAUAAUUCAAGAAAUCAUCAAAUUCAUGAAAUAGAUAGCAGAACUGUAACUCAACCAACAGAAACAAGUAGUGAAUCAGAUACGUCCAAAAACAUUCCAGAAAUAUCAAGUGAGAGUGGAACUUCUCUCAAGAAAAAUGCAGAAUCGGUCAAGAAAAACUUAAAUUCAGAACUGAAACUUUCCAUCAAUACUGAUAAAAUUAGUAAUAUGAGACUUAUACCUCCAAGUAUCAACUCUAAUAUAUCUGUGCCCAAAUAUAGCCUCGAAAUAUCAACUAACAAAGGAACUACACAUUCCAUUCCCAAAUCAAAAGUAGGUGAAAAAUCCAAAUCCCAAUCUAGUCAAAUUAUAUCCACAGAGAAGGAAAGAAAAGGAUUUGAUAAAUUGUCUGUACCCUCUGUAGAAAAUGAAUAUACAUCUGACUUCCAUUCAGGUAGUGAUUUAGAUCUAAGUUAUCAAGACUUGGCAAGGAGCCGAGAUUCAAUAAUAGCUUUCAAUAGCCCCAAAUAUGAAACACAAAUCGUUACAUUGAGUCCAGAUUAUAUGAGAACAAACUUUUGUACAAUUACCAGCAAUAAUAUCAAUUUGGAGAAUGAACAGAAUAAAAAUAUAUCAGAAUCAUCUGCUACUUCAAGUAAACUGAAACAUUCCAAAAACAUUCCGCAAACCAUCAGUUCGACUUCAAAAUCAGAUGUAUUUUCUAAUGAACCACAUUCCAAAAAAGUCGAAUAUUGUAGUAAAGACGAAUUGACAAGUGUCCAUUCGAGAAGUGAAGCAAAAAAAUCUGGCAAAAGUUCCAAGUCAUCCCUCGAGUUCACUUCACUCCAUACAAGCUUCCAUCCUUCUAAGACUCUCAGCAACCAGUUAUCCAAAUCUGACAGCAAUGUUCAGUCUAUUAAUACACAAAGGGGAAGCAGUUAUUUUUCGAAGAAUGAUGAAUUAGGAGUUCUGCCAUUAAAAGAGCCCUGUGUAUUUCUGACAGAACCUGAAAUUAUUAAAGAAUUUCUAGAGGAAAAUAAAGAUAUCAACAGGUCGACUAAGAAUAUGUCUCUGAAGUCAAACAUGAGCAGACCAGUUGUGGGUGAGAAUGGUACCAACGAAAUUCAUUUGAAAUUCGAAGCAGAAAUUCAUCUUCUAAAUGACUUCAACGAAUCGUUGCGACAGUUUUCUGCAGUAGAGAAGGUUUUUGAAACUUUGAAAACCAACAAUGAACUUACUUCUUCGAAAAUUCUUCAGAACCAAGAUACCCAAACUUCUGCUAUGGCAAAACUGUCAACGACUUCUAGAAGUACAGAAAUUGAUGCUGGCUCCGACAAAUCUCGCAUGAGUGGAACGUCUACUAUUAAUUAUUCAAGGGGAUCAUUUGUCACCUCUGCCGUAGAUGAUGAUUUCAAAAUAUUCAAUAACUCAGCUUUACAACCAGAGAGUAAUAGUUUGAUUUCAACUACCAGAACAGAUGUUUUACCUAUGAAUGUAACCAAAAGCUCAUCCCUCAUCAGAAGCAAUGAUAAUUUGUCAAACUUUGAAAAUAUACAAGCUAAUAAUUUUGCUGGAUUGUCCCUCAAUAUGUUUGAACAGCUCAUCAAGGAUGAGGAUGCUCGUUUAGAAAAUUUGAAGACAAUUUUAAAAAUCAGAGAACAAGUUUUGCUGGAUCGAACUAAAGGAGAAUUGGCCUGGUUAGAAAUUCAAAGAAAACAUUUCAAAGAAACUGGGCAACUUCAAGAAGCAUCUGUGAUCAAGAAGAAACAAAGAGGAAUACUGGUAAAUCAUCAAAAAGAAAAGCAUGAAAUGCAAAGAUUGAAACAAAUGCAAAAAGCAGCUUCGAUCGAGAGGAAAAUAGUUCUUAAGGAACAGAGGAACUUGAUUAGGCAGCAACUGUCCACUGAUAGUAUGCUUAAGAAAAUGAAAGUCAGCACCCCUAGAGAUCGUAGACUAUCUGGUCCAUUAAAAGUGAUUCAAAACCACACUGAAUCAAUCAGAUCUGAAACGUCUAUAUCGAAGAGGAGUUCUACUGAUAGAGAAAAAGAAGUUCUCAGUAUAACUUCCCACCAUUCGAUGAUAAGCAAAGUUUCCGAAAUCUCAGAAAUUGAGGUAUCCUCGAGAGGUGUGCAGUCCGACCCAGAAUCAAUAGAGCAGCAAUCAGCUAUGAAGAGGACGUUGUUGAUGCGAGAGGAAGCUCUUAAGAAACGUAAAAAGGCGGCUGAAGAACUGCUGCAAUGGCACAAAAAAUUACUAGAGGAAGAAAAGAGGAUAGCCGAAUUGGAGUCUACUGCAAGCGCUAUAAUUUCUCAACAACCUACUACUUCCAAACCACUUGAGAAAUAUAAGUUCGAAGGAAAACAACUGAAUCAACUAUGGUAUAAUUUAACAGGCUGUGAAAAGAAAAAAUUCAUCGAAGAUAAAAUCUACCCUAUGUCUCAGAUGGCUCUGGAAAGGUUUUGUAAGAGUGCCAGAGAAUAUUCCAAUAAAUCUAAAAAACUACUCAGGAGGACUAGUGAUAGUGAAGCUAAAUUAAAUAGUAGUGUUAGUGAAAGCAUUCCAGAACAAAAAGAUUCCCACUCCAUCAGUGGUAGAGCGGCAGCAGAUUCCCCCAUACAUAGUCCGCCAAAGGUCGUCUCUUCAACUGAUUAUGUUUCUGAUUUUGAUGUUGAAUCAAUCGAAGAUAUUGUCAACAAUGAAGAUGUCGAUGUAGUUGAUCAGAGCAUCAACCUGUUGAUUGACAACUUCAGCAAACUUGAACAAGAUAUUUCGGCUCGUGGUAGUAAUCAUUCCAAACACUCUGAUGAAGAAACAAAUAUUACAGAAGAUAUCAGCAAGGAUUCCAGGUUUGAAAAAAGCGAGUCUGAACCUGAAAUAUCAGUAAUUGAAACAAACAGAGCAUCGAGGGAAAGUGAGUUGAAAUCUUCAUCUGAGAAAAUGCUAUUGGAAGAGAUAAAUACAACGGAAUCAGAAGUGAUUUCUCAGAAAAUCAAUCAUUGUAUUGCUGCUGUUGCUGAGGAAUCUAAUAUAAGUGAAUAUAUUGAAACGGGUAAACAAAAUUCCUAUAAAGAAAAUUCAGUUUCAUUGCUGAAAGGAUCUCCAGAAGCUGAUACAAUAAAAUCAGAAGAUAAUGAUCUUACUGAUGAGAAGGAAAAUGGUCAGAAUUUACACAUGCUGACAGUUAAUAAACCUGUUACUGAAAAUUCAGAAACCCUCACACAAUCUUCCUUAUUUAUAAGUGAAGCAAAGGACAAUUUGAAUGAUUCAAAGGAAAUUCUACUCAUAUUAGGAGAAGCUGAAACAAAUAACUAUGUUGAUCUGACAAAUGAUGGAAACAUUACAAAUAAUUUAAGUGCAACUGAGGAUAUACUUUCAAGAUUGAGUCAAGUUAUAACAGAUCUCUCUUUGGAGAAGAAAUCUGAUAUUGAAAAGGAUAGUGAUCUAGUAAAUGAACUAGAUAGAGUGAAUGAUUCGUUACAGAUUUCUAGAGAUUCUGAUCUCAAAAGUUUUUCAGAGAAACUGUCUUCGCCACCAGCUGAAAACAAAGAUCUUAGUGAAUCUUUAGACUUAUUAAUGAAAAUCAGUCAAUCAGAUGAAAGAAUCCAGUCAGAUGAAGAAACUGCAAAACUGUCACUUACAAACUCCAAUAAUAUACUGCGAGAUGUAUCAGCUCUAGAGGAUUUGACUGAUAAGUCAGCUGAUAAAAUUAUUGAAAACUCAUGUGUCCAAGAAGAAGUCACCAUAGAUUUAGCUGGAGUUUCUAGGGUUAACUUGGAGGGGGAUGACUUACCAGUAGAUUUGAAAUGUAGUCAAACGUCACCUCAUUCUGUUGAACCACUUGAAAUCAGCGAUGAAGAUAAUGGAAGUGUGUUGCCUUCUAAUGUUGUUGAUGAAAAGAAAGUGACUCCUAAUGAAGUUGUGGAAAUUGAAAGUGAUGAAAAUAUUUCCACUGACGAAACCAGAAAAUCGCCAGUUGUAGAACUUGUGUCAUCAUCCUCGAAUGAACAUAUUCCUUCUGAAACGAAAACAAGCGUCACAGAAAACUUGGUGAUUGAAGAACUCCAGUCUUCUCCAACAAACAGUGAAGGCUCAUCUGGUAAGCCAAGCCUGGAUUUGAGUUACGGGAUCAUUGAGUCUGCUAGAAGUAAUGAAGCAGACAACUUUGAGAAGUACAUGGAUGAUAAAGAGUCGGAACCUAUUACGGCCAAAGAAGACAUCAAUUCUUAUGAAGAAAAGGAGCUAGAUUCAUUAUCAUCACCUACUGAUGGUGGAUCUCCCAGAGAAAAAGCGGACCUAAAUGAGGAGUCUAUUUCGACUGAAGAGUUGAAAAGCAGUGUUUCAGGUUGUGAAUCAUCUGAAUUCAAAUCCAAAGAUGUCAGGAAACGAGUGUCUGAGAUUAUGGCAGAGGCGAAUCAAUCUUCUAAAGGAGACAAAAGUCCCAGGAUGCAGGAUUUGUAUGUCACUACGUAUGAUUUGAUUUCUCCUGCAAGUUCACCUGAACCUGUAUCACCUACAAGAAGAGAACCUAACUUCCUACCGUCAACAAGCUUAUUCGGUAAUGAAGCUGAGGAACUUUUGAAAAAACAGUUAGCCAUAGAGCAGGAGAUAAAAGCAAUAACGGAACAACAGAAGAAGGAGCAACAAAUUCCUCACAUAUUUGUCAGGGAAAUUCCUAAUAAACCACCCCCUCCUUACACACCACCCUCAUCUUUGUCCACCGGAAAUCCUGUUACUAUCAUUCCAACUCCCAGCGAAAUUGAGGAAAUCUGCAAAUACUCCGCCAAAAUAUUGCACAAAGCCUACUUGUCGAAAAAUCUAGAAAACAUUUGCAUUUCCGAAAAUACUUUGAGUUUGAUUUCUAAGGAUAUCAUCAAGGAGUGUUACAAGUUUGUGUUUGAUUUGUGCAAAGAAAUCGCAAAGGAGCACUACAGCCAGUUCGAGGAAGAAAAGGGUCCUUCUUGGUUACGUUCGAAUAAGAAAAAUCGGUUAGCUGUACUUCAACCAUUGGAUGUGAUCGGUUUGGAGGCAUACAUGAUCAAAAAACUGAAAGAACUAUUCGUUUAUGAAAAAUCCGCCAAACGAGAAAACGCCAUCAUCAAAUGGAGCAGAAAAAAACGAGAUCACGUGGAUGAAAUAUUAGUGAUGGAAUCUCAAGCAGAAGAGCCAAAAUGGAUCAACUACGAUAAAGAUGAGCUUCUGGUCAUCAACCAAGUUACAAAUGAGAUUAUGAACAGUUUACUCAAAGAGACUGGUGAAGUUUUAAAUAAUAUUUUUCUAAAACGGACUUGAUAUUUCUUUGUUUUUUACUUACUAUUUUAUUAUUACCUGUAUUAUUGUUAGUAUUAUUUUCGACUGCCAUAGUGUUUUUUAUUGUAAAUAAACUCAUUUUUUCAGAUUUUUUAUU